AUGGCAUCCACCGUCGUCUUCAUCACCGGCGCUAACACCGGCAUCGGCUUCCAGAUCGUCCGCGCACUCAGCGACUCCCCCCGGAGCUACCACAUCCUCGUCGGCGCCCGCUCGGCCACCAAAGCCCACGACGCCAUUCAAGCCAUUCAGACGGAAUUUCCCAACUCGUCCAGCACACUCACUCCGAUCAUCAUUGACAUUGAAGACGACGCAUCCAUUCAACAGGCCUACGAAGAGAUCUCGUCAACCCACGGUCGGGUAGACGUUCUAAUCAACAAUGCAGGCGCAUCCUUUGAAUCCCCAGCCACACGCGGUGACCUGACAUCAGAACGCGACCUCUGGAACAAAACCUGGAGCGUCAACACGACCAGCACGCAGAUCGUGACCUCGAAAUUCAUCCCACUGCUACUCCAAAGCGACGACCCCCGCUUACUCUUCAUCACCUCGGGGACCGCCACGCUCGCCGGAACCGAGAACCUGGCGAUCGCCGUCAACCGGGCCCCGACCGCGACCGGGUGGCCGAAACCCCCCUCCGGGCCCGGGGCGGGCGGCGUGCCGGCCUACCGCAGCGCCAAGACCGGCCUCAACAUGCUGAUGCGCGAGUGGCAUCGCAUCCUGCAGCCGGAUGGGGUCAAGGUCUUCGCCAUCUCGCCGGGGUAUCUUGCCACGGGGCUGGGGGGCAGUCCCGCGCAGAUGAGGGCGAUGGGUGCCGGGGAUCCGGCGGUGGCGGGCCCGUUCAUUCGGGCGGUGGUGGAGGGGGAGCGCGAUGGGGAUGUGGGGAGGGUGUUGACCAGGGAUGGCAUUCAGGAGUGGUGA